AUGGCAAGUAUUUCGGAUGAUGUGAAUCUUGAAAAGUUAUUAGAGUUGAGAACAGCGCUCCAGAAACAAAUCAAUCAGUUGAACGUUAGCGAUGCGGUAGUGUCAUCUAGUAUUGUACAAGAAUCAGCAGACCAGAAAGAUACUUUGAUUACUGAAGGAUACAAUAAUUGCAGUGCUUGGAAUGCAGAAAAACUUUUGAAUCUACAGACUUCAGAUAAGCAAUUCAACGAAUCGAAAGACAGAGAUUUAGUUUCAGAUUUUGCUGAUAAAGAGAGUUACAGUGCCAUGACGAGAAAAUCAGAAGGACGUUAUCUGGAAGGACAGAGUUUAGGUUGUCCGGUAGAGUUUGGCUCGAAUUUGGCUUCUUGCCCUUUUCAGCAUAAUUCCAAACAAUCAGCGGACAUGGUUUGCAUGAAAUAUGCAGUUAAUAAUUUCACCUCUCAUUCUGAGAUCGGUGAAUCAUCUCCGACAACAGUGAUGCAGGAUGGGAAUAUUUGCGAUCUAAACGCUGUUGGUGCACCGCCUAACAAGAAGAUAAAAUUAGAUUCAUUAGUAGUAUUAUCAGACGUAUCGAAAAAUGGAUUCGUAGAGGAUGAAGAAAGAAAUAACAAUGUUGCUCAAGUUCGAAAUUUUUUAACUGAUGCUGCUAAUGACAAAAAGAAUGAUCCUGUUUUUUCAUUGACAUUGGUACCGCCCCCAUCACCACCUCCUACUUCAUCUUUACCUAUACCAUCACUUCCGUCAACAUUACCUAUACCGGUACCACCAAUACCACCACCACCACCACCACCCGUGCUAGAAAAUCGUCAUAAUAUUCAGCCAUCUUCACUUUCCAGUGAGAUGGCUGUAACAUGCCAUGAUAACUUGAUCGAAGGACAAAAUCAGCUUGAAGAUAUAAAGAAGGUGGACUCACUUCUACCUGGCAAAGAUGAGGAUGGUGAUGACGAUAUUGACUUUUUAUUAGAAAAACCAGUGGAAGAUGCGCAGACAGGGAAAGUUGUAUUACCUGAAGAUGGUGAAAUGCGAGAAAAAAUUGUGUUAGCUUAUCGUGGAGCUGAAUAUUUUGAUGUCUUACCAGAAGGGUGGGUAGAAGUGACGCAUAGUAGUGGUCUUCCCAUAUAUUUGCACAAAUCGACGCGGGUUUGUACAUUUUCACGUCCAUAUUUUAUUGGUCCUGGUAGUGUAAGGCAUCAUAAUGUACCAAUCUGUGCAAUUCCUUGUUUGCAUCAACGACGAGUACUUAAGGAAGUAGAAGAAGAUGCUGCAGCUUCUGCUGCUGCUUUGAAAAAUGCACUUUCUGUGUCUGCAGAUGAUCGUCGUAGCGAUGAUGCUAUUGAAGAUUCAUUAGUAAUCGCACGACUUCAGGCACCUGGCACUAAAGUCCAAACAGUAAAGGAUUUCAAAGAGCGUCAGCUUGAUACAAAAUCAUUGCAUGAUUAUGCGAAGGCUAUAUUUAAAUUCAAAACAAUCCAGACGUAUCGUUUUAAUAGAUGGGCUGCAACACGCAGUUUCCAUCGUCAGCGUAAGCUUGCUGAAGCUGCAAGACUUGGAAAGAAUGCUUCUUCUAUUGAAUUAUCAGUUGACCGUCCUGCAUUGCCAUCAAAUGUCAAGUUAAUCACUGUUCCUGCAUUGGAAGCAAAUUUAAAGCCGCAACAUCGUGGAUUCUUUCUUAAUCCUCAAGGCAAAACUUCAGUCAGUGUAUUGCAUGAAUAUGUGCAAAAGGUUUUGAAAAGCACCAUCAAUUACUAUUUUUCCGAGACAAGAAAUUCAUCAAUGCCAUAUGGAUGCACAGCACGUUUAAAAAUAAAUUUGAAUAAUCGUGUGCUAUGUGCAGCAAGUGUUAAAGAAAAAUUAAUGCUUUUACAAGAGAAACAAAAGCGUGAGCAGCUUUUGCAAGAACAUGGAGAGCAACCAGGUACUGAUUUUGUUGUUCUUGGUACCGGUUGCGGCAAUAGCAAAAAAACUGCUAAACUUGAUGCUGCUCGAAAUGCCUUAAAAGUUCUGAUACCAGAUUUAGAAUUUGAUGCUGAAGGUAUUGCACUCAGUGAUAAAAUAAAAGAUGACUCAGACAGCGAAAAGGAAGAUGCAGUAGCGUUGUUUGAUAUGUUACCAAUAGAGGAUUCACGGAUUUUUGAUCUUUCUGCUCGAGCUGGUCAACCUUCUCCGUAUUUACUACUUCAGGAAUGCCUGAAACGAAAUGCUGCAUACGGGGAUACUGAAGUUAAGCUUCAUUCGACACGAGUGAGACAUCAACGCCAUCAAUUUCAGAUGGAUGUAGGAAAACAUCGUGUUUCAGUUAUAUGUGCAAAUAAACGUGAAGGCAAACAGAAAGCAUCUCAAGCAAUGCUAAAAAAAUUGCAUCCAAAUCUUGAUACCUGGGGCUCUCUCAUUCGGCUUUAUGGAAAUGAAACUCAACAAAGAUUGCAAGAAGCUCGAAAAAGCCGGCAAAGUAUUAUUCAGUUACAAAGUGGAAAUCGUGUCAAAGAAAGCUCAGCAAUGGAACCAAACAACGCUAUAUUAGAGAAAUUGCGGACAGAAAUGUUAAAGUUAUCAAAGUGCAAGAAAUCAGAAGAAAUUAAUGAAGGAAUUGUAUGUAAGCGGCCAAAAUUGUCGGUAACCAAUGAACCAGUAGAUGGUGGAAAGUGUGCACAGGAAUCGGCUGGCUAUGCCACAAAACAUCCUGAUGCUUUAUCAGCUUUAAGAAUUGAUCUUUAA